GCUCAACACAGACUGGUUCAGUCUCCAGGUUUGACGUGAUGUCAGUGCAUGUACCAACCCAAAAUGGAGGCCUGUGUUCUUCAACACCACCAGGAGGCAGUAUGUGUGGUCCUUCUCAUAUAUGGAUGUGAUACAUGAGGGGGAAAGCAGUGAUUUUGAGGAAACUUGAGGCAACAUAAGAUCCAUAUAGUUUUCAUGACAUAAUCAGAAAAACAAAAGUCUGGAUCAUUAUAUCCUCAUUGCCAGUGAAUGGGCGUUGAAGACAGUUCCUCUGAAAAACACAAGUGAUGCAAUCAGUCAUCUCUUAGGAAGUGUAAAAUAUAUAAAUGUUGGAUUUAGUUGAAGUAUUAUCAUUGCAGGUGUAAAUAAAGGCUGCCUUUUUAAGUUGAUGGCUAAAACACCCCAGAGGAAAUGAGUCAUAAAAAAAGUCAAUUAAUCGGAAGGAGACAUGAGCAUCAAGAGGUGGUCAUGGAGGAGACGUCAUGCACACUUUGACACAACACACAUACUGACAGAGCAGGAAGUGUUCUGUCAUUCGGGCGCUGAUUGUGCACACCGCUGCUGUCUGUGCGUUUCCACCGCUCAUACAUCCGAGAUAUGGCUCUGAACUGAAACACCUGCUGAGAAUCCACCCUCUCCUGGACAAACACAUGGACACAGACACAUUCAGGCAGCAUGGGCUCCAGACUGAAACAAAACCCUGAGCGGACCUUCUACUGGUUUUUUGAAGCAACAUGUCCAGUAGCCAGAGACAAAGAUCCAGGAAUACAGUUUCAGUUUCCAGAUGACUUCACAGAUGAGGAGUCCUGUCAAACAUUACCCAGAUUCUGUUUCCCAUACGACAUACAAAGGGUGAGGGAUGGCGUGGCUGUGCAGCACUUUACCUUUGUUCUGACUGACCUUGAAGGAUGCCAGCGCUUCGGUUUCUGCCGUCUCACCAACAGCACACACACCUGCCUCUGCAUUCUCAGUUAUCUUCCAUGGUUUGAAGUGUUUUAUAAACUUCUCAACAACUUGGCAGAUUACCUCUUGAAAGGACAGACCAAUGAGAUGAAAGCUCUGCUGUCCUCCCUCUACCGACAGCCCAUCCCUCUGGCAGCUGGAUCAGUCACUCUGCAGAUGGGAGAGCAGGUCUUGGUCAGCACAGAGGUGUCCCACCCUGUCGGACACCCACAGGGUCCAGAGGGGGUCCCAUACUUCAUUGCUCCAGACCCCAGAAGUCUCCCUUCUAUCCCUGAAAAUAGGAACUUGACUGAGCUGAUCGUGGCAGUAGAUGUGGGGAACCUUCUCCAGCUCUAUGCCAGCAUGCUGUUUGAGAGACGCAUCCUCAUCUUUGCCAGCAAACUCAGCACUCUGACAUCUUGUGUGCAUGCACUCAGUGCUGUGUUGUAUCCCAUGUACUGGCAACACAUCUUCAUCCCUGUCCUCCCCCCACACCUGCUGGAUUACUGCUGUGCUCCUAUGCCUUACCUAAUAGGAGUCCACAGCAGCCUGUCAGAGAGGGUGAGGAGUCGUGGGUUGGAGGAGGUUGUCAUUCUGAAUGUGGACACAAACACGCUGGAAAGUCCUUUUGACGACCUUAAGAGGAUACCUUCACAUGUGAUGUCAGGACUGAAGGUGUGUUUGAAGCGUCAGGCGGUGUCUCCAGGCUGUGGAGUCUCCAGGGCCUUCCUGAAAGCUCAGGCGUUGCUGUUUGGAGGCUACAGAGAUGCACUGCAGGAUCAUACGGGUGAAGUGUGUUUCAUUGAGAAGCUGUUUCUGGAUCACAAGUCAACCAGUAUGAGGCAGUUCCUCCAAAGUGCAGUACAUUUACAGUCCUUCAAACAGUUCAUCGACAGCCGCCUGGAUAUUCUGAACAAAGGGAAGGAACCAGAUGAUCUCUUUGAGGAGGAGCUCCUAUAUUGUGAAACUUCUGCAGGAAGAAACAAGUCUUAUCAGCACUUAGUUGGUAAUAUAAAGAAGGGAGGAGGAGCGCUCAUUCACAACAUGAAGUCAAAGGCAAACCUAGGGGGCAAAGGUCUCACCAAAUCUGGUCUAAAAAACCUGCUGGUCCAUAAGGUCCGUAAUGAAGAACACACCCUUCAGAGAGGCGGAUCAGUGUCACACCGUCGGGCCCAGUCUGACAGCCUUCAGAACCGUCUACCCAUUACACAUCACUUUGGGAUGUCUCGUCCUCGUCGACCUGUUCACCAAACUAGGGCUGCCAGAGAUGAAGAAAGUAUGAACAACGCUGGCUAUACAUGGGAUGGGGCUGUUUCUGGGCCCCUGGUCGAUCCUGACUCUGAGCUCCAGAAAGAUGAAGAUGAGGAGGAGGAUUCGUUACUGUGUGACCCAGAGGAGAUGGAUCUACUGGGGGAGAUUUUUGACACACUUAGCUCCCGGAGCUGUCAUGACCGAGGCCUGCUGUACGGCACACGCAGCCUGGACCUGUUUGGACCAGACAGUCAUGACUUUAUCACAAAGCACCGUCCAACCAACCCCAGCCAGGAGAGCCUGUCUCUGUCCAUCAGCGGCAGCGGCAGUCUGCACAGCUGGAAUCUGGAAACCACAGAGGAGCUGUCGGACAUGGCAGAAGACUCUGACUGGCAGCGCCAAGACCCCUGGAUAGCAGAGGAGGAGGAGGGGGGUUCACACAGUGCACAACCAGAGUGUGAAAAUAUGAAGCAAGAAAAGGGACAGAGGGACAUGAGUGAGGAGCAAGAAGAUGUGAAGGUGGCAAUAAAUGGAGACAAAGAAGAAGAAACAGCUGAUGCAAAUACCUCCACAGAAAUAAAGUUAGAUGAAGGGAAAAAGAAAGAAAGUCAGGAAACAAGUGUUAGUUUUGAAAAAGACACUGAAACAGUUGAAGAGCAAGACAAGAAAGAGUUGAAAGAAAAGAAGGAAGUUGAACAAAACCAGGAGGAGACAGCUGAGAUUCAAGUGAUAGAAAGACGAACUAAUCAAAUGCAGAAAGAUGUAGCAAGAGAAGAAGAGAGGAAAGAGAAUAAGGAGGAGGAGGAGGCAGAUGCAUUAAAUAAACUUAUAAAACUAACUGACCAAGAUGAACGUCAGCCCACUGUUGUGGAAGCAGUAACAUCUUCUCCCCAAUCUCACAUCUUGUGUCCAGAAAAAACAGUUGAAGAAGCAGGAAAAAAAGAGGCUGAAAUGACAGCCACGAUCUCCUCUCCUCCUAGAGUUCAGUCUGCUAUAGCACGUUAUCAGCAUCAGGCGUCCAGCCAAGGCCUCCAGGUGAAGUCCAGGAUAAAGGCGUUUGCAGAACCUGGGAGUCCGUUCACUGCAUCUGGCAGCAGGGAGAACACACCAACCCAUCCAACAUGUGACUCAAAUACUGGAAGUCCAUCAGAGGAGCCAGAGAGGGAAGACCUGCCUCCCAUCAAAGUGUCUGAACUUAAGAAGAGAUUUGAGGCCUGAUGAAAAAGGCUGAAAAUUGCCAUGAUUUGAUAUUUAAGCUGUUUAUACCUCCUGAAUUGCACUUAUAGUAGACGUUAUGCAGCAAGGCAGUAGCCAAACAAACACAUCUUUUUUUCUAUGCUGUGUUUCUAAUUUCAGAUGUUGAUAAUAUAUCAGCUACUGUAUAAUGGAUAUUUUGUAACUGGUAGAUUAAUGGUUUUCUACAAAUGUGUGUUAAACAAAUGCUCGCAUUGUAAUAUUCCCAAGAAAAACUGACAAGUUUUGUGGAUACAUGCCUUUUUGGAUGCAACUUCAAAAAGAAUCAUGUUCCACUUGAAUAAAAUUUUCUCCCUUGACUCCAACA